UGUCCGUGAUCAAUCGGAAAUUAUAAAAGAAAACUCAUCGAAGAGCUUAUCCACCACUACUCUGAUUCUUACGCACUGAGAACUGCCAAACAGGGCAUUCGUUGGAUCUUUUCAACAUGCCACAAAAAGAAUACUAUAACCGAGCCACGUGGGAGUCUGGCGUAGCCUCCAUGAUGCAAAACAAGGUGUAUGACAUCUGUAACGAAGGUCACAGCGGAGUGAACCAGCUUGGCGGGGUAUUCGUUAACGGCAGACCGCUACCAGACUCUACCAGACAGAAGAUAGUGGAGCUCGCCCACAGCGGUGCACGACCGUGUGACAUAUCCAGGAUUUUGCAGACCCAUGCUGAUGCAAAAGUGCUGGACAAUGAAAACGUGUCGAACGGGUGUGUGAGUAAAAUCCUGGGCAGAUACUAUGAAACAGGCUCCAUCAGACCUAGAGCAAUCGGUGGAAGUAAACCAAGAGUAGCAACUCCCGAGGUGGUCGGCAAAAUUGCCCAAUAUAAGAGGGAGUGCCCGUCUAUCUUCGCCUGGGAAAUCCGAGACAGACUGCUAUCAGAAGGGACCUGUACGAACGAUAAUAUACCAAGUGUGUCGUCGAUAAACAGAGUACUGCGCAACCUGGCUAGCGAAAAGCAACAGAUGGGCGCAGAUGGCAUGUAUGAGAAGCUGAGAAUGCUGAACGGUCAGACGGGGACAUGGGGGACUCGACCGGGCUGGUACCCCGGAACCUCCGUGCCAGGACAACCCAAUCAAGAUGGGUGCCAACAGUCUGAUGGGGGAGGGGAAAACACUAACUCAAUAAGUUCAAACGGGGAGGACUCAGAGGAGACGCAAAUGAGGCUCCAGCUAAAACGAAAAUUGCAACGGAAUCGCACAUCAUUUACGCAGGAGCAGAUCGAAGCACUUGAGAAAGAGUUUGAACGAACACAUUAUCCCGACGUCUUUGCCAGGGAACGGCUCGCAGCCAAAAUCGAUCUCCCUGAAGCCAGAAUACAGGUGUGGUUCUCAAACCGAAGAGCGAAGUGGCGGCGGGAGGAAAAGCUCCGUAACCAGAGACGGCAAGCUAGCAACUCCUCCAGUCACAUACCAAUCAGUAGCAGCUUCAAUACCAGCGUCUAUCAGCCUAUACCACAGCCUACGACGCCAGUAUCCUUCACAUCAGGGUCCAUGUUGGGUAGACCAGACACAUCGCUCACAAACACGUACAGUGCCCUGCCACCAAUGCCAAGCUUCACAAUGGCCAAUAACCUGCCUAUGCAAGCACCCAGCCAGACCUCGUCCUACUCUUGCAUGUUACCCACCAGUCCGUCAGUAAAUGGCCGAAGCUAUGACACGUACACCCCCCCUCAUAUGCAGGCACAUAUGAACAGCCAAGCAAUGGCCGCAUCAGGCGCCACCUCAACAGGUCUCAUCUCUCCAGGAGUAUCAGUCCCAGUCCAAGUGCCAGGCAGUGAACCGGACAUGUCUCAGUACUGGCCUAGACUACAAUAAGGAGAGUUCCCUUCCCUUGCCACCCCACCCUCCUGUGCCGUUUCGCUGCAAGACGGCGGUGUUGUGGCAGUAUUUUACUCCAGAGGAGAGGAGAAAUAAGACUCUUGAGGACAUUCUUUUUUUUCUACUGGGAUUGUGCCAUUCUCUAUGUAUCUUUGGAUAUGAAGACUCGAAGAAGAAAAAAGACAAACAAACUAAUAUGAGAAAAAAAACUCCUGUAAAGUGCCCUGUGUUAUAAAUGGAACAUAAAAUCUGUUUUCAGUUCCCAACUUGUCAUUUUUUGAUGUAUUUGUAAAUGGCCAAUUGUAUGUUAAGACAGAAAAAAAUAACAACAAUGGACGGACUAUCCAACUAAGUCGGUCUGACAGCUGUUGAGGAGAACCUUUUUUUGGGAGGAAGACGACGUUCUGCCAUGCAUCAUUUUAUCAGCUUAUAUCAAACACCUCUCUCAUUGUGUUUACCGGCGCUUGGAAUCGGGAGAGGGAAAGCAGUGCCAUUCGGUGGCAUUGUCCGAGCCACAUUACACAGUCGUGUAAAAAAGGUCCAUUUAUCAGUUAUUUUCCAAAAGCUUGCUGGCAGACGCAAGGAGUAUGUGGAAUGCAUUCAUUGCUGAAGGGGAAAUUCUUAGCUAAAAAAGUCAAAAGAAUGAGAAAAAAAUGUAGAUUGUGUCUUCAAUAUAUUUCAAUUUGUUUAUGUUGAAAUGCGAAAUGUAAGUAUUUGUCUUCCCUAGGAGUCUCCCAGAACAAUUUCUAUAAUAAAGUUAAUUUCAUUUAUAAUUCUCAGAAUACUUCAGAAAUGUUCAUACAUAUUUACCAUAACUAGAUUCUUGCAGCCAGUUCAAGGUUGAUUGGUUUAAAACACAAUCUAAAGAUUAUGCUUUAGGCCUAACGAAGCAACCUUUGGCAAAUGUUUUGACUUGAGUGUUUGCAAAUUGUUUACAUCUGGACAUAUC